GAGGAUGUUAAAAGACAUAAUUUCCACUGCUACUUUUAAUGCCGUUAGGAAGAGACUGUCACGGGAGAAUGCGGAUAUAUUAAAGCCUGCUGAAUUACAGCGCAGCGUUGAGGUGAUAAAAACCCGCCCAACGUUAUUCAUGGCAGAAAAAGAAAACGCGGGUACUUAUGGUUCAUUCCUUGCCAAAGCGGUAUUUACUGAUGCUAGAUUCUUCCUUGACCCGUCUGUACAAUGAGAUGAAGCAGAGCAAGAAAAAAUAGCGCUAUAUCCAGAAGACCUACUUUCGUCUUUAAAAAUGCCCUUGUAACACAUUCUCCAGCUGCGCAGAGUGUGCUCACCCUUUCUGUUUCUAUUAACCUUUGUUUUGUUCUGCUCUUAGUUGUGCUCUUGCAUGCUAGCAUGGCUAUAUUUGGAGGCAAAAUAAAUUCAUUGCUUGCGAACCUAAUAAGAGUUUUGAUCUAGGCAGGCUGCACAAAGAGGGGCAGAGAGAACAGCUUGUGCCACUUUCCUGCUCAGGAAUGCUGCAUAUAUCAUGGGAAAUGAUGCGCGUGGGUGGAAUUCUUUAGCUUGUUUGUCAAUGCAGAGUAUUUUGAAUGCUGUCACUGAAUAUAGCAAAACCCUUAUUUUCACAGGCCACAUAAUCCCUGGUGUUUGCUUAAACAAUGCACUAAUAUGGUCCCCUUUUGGCAGACAAAGGGAACAAUGCGGUACUCAUUACUGUAGCCCUGCACCAGCAAACCAUCCCUGUGUAUAGGAAUGCAGUGGAGGCAAAAAUACGCAGAGGGUUUAUGUGGAUUCUUCAAACCCUGAAAAGUAACUCAGCUGCAUCAUGCACUGUGUUGGUACGUGCAGCCAUAUGGACCCGCAGCCAGGGUGACCACAAAGCUAAGGAGAUCCAUGUGUUUUUGGGUCUGUAAGGUUUUAAUUAAUUCAGAGUAAGGUACCUCAUAUUACCUCCCAUUUACCACGGGGAAGGGAAGGAAGGAGAGCUAGUAUGCAGAUAGUUACCAUGGAGCAGGUGAUAUAUAUGGGAGCUUGAUACCUCGUGCUUGCUCUUACCCUGCAGUAAAUGAGCUCUCUCCUAUUAGCAAAUCUGAGUCAUGUUAAAUCCCUAAGGGAUGAAAAAAGCUCACUAUAUGUUUGGGUAAAUAUAGCACACAGCUUUGCUUGCAUACAAACAUCCUCUCCCCUGUCGGGCUUGGUUUCACUUGUUGGUUAGUUGUACCACCAAGGCAUGUUCAUUUCCAGAACUGCUCCUUUGGCUCCUGCUUCUGCAGCACAAUCCAGCCCAGCACGAAGCAGAGGAGCAGGCUCAAGAUGUCAGUACUUGCCUCUCAGGUGUUCCUUGGCUGCUCUUCCCUAAGGGUUUAGAAGAGGGUGCCACAAUGGAAGACGUGUACUUGGCAUCGGUGGAGACGGACCGAGGUGUGAAGGAGCAGCUGCGGCUGUAUGACACCAGGGGUCUGCAGGAGGGCGUAGAGCUGCCGAAGCACUACUUCUCUGUUGCCGAUGGCUUCAUUCUCGUGUAUGCCAUCACCAGCCUUGAAGCCUUCCAGAGAGUUGAACAGCUCAAAAAAGAGAUUGAUAUCUUCAGAGACAAGAAGGAGGUAACAGUUAUCGUCUUGGGAAACAAAAUGGACCUCCUGGAGCAAAGACAAGUGGAAACAGAAGCAGCUCAGCAAUGGGCAAGGGCUGAGAAAGUGAGACUGUGGGAAGUGACUGUGACAGAUCGGAAAACACUGCUUGAGCCAUUCACCUUCCUAGCGAGCAAACUCUCCCAGUCCCAGAACAAAUCAACGUUUCCCUUGCCUGGAAGGAAGAGCAAAGGGAAUAACUGCGAUAACUAAGCUCCUCUUAAUGCUGUCUGCUGUAGCCAGGUGCAGCCUAAAUCCUUUCUACGCCUUUCACUUCACGCGGUUUCACUUAAAGCAAUAAUCCCAUUCAGCAAUAAAUCAGCAAGCUUAUGGCUAAGAGCUA